AUGUGCCUACAACCGAUUCGCGGAAAUGACUCGGACUGUCAGAUAGAUAGCGAAACCACUACCGGAAAAAGGUGGAGUUUAGAGCUGCCUGAAUUCUUCAGAGAGAACUUUCUGGAGGGAGAUCAGCGCUGGGUGACCACUGCAGGAAGUGCACUACAUCUUUUACAGUCUGUCUAUGGUUCUUUCUCCAAAGUGUAUGGGAUCGGUAGAUGUGCCAAGAUGGUGUAUGAAUCCUGGAGGGAGCUCAUGGAGGAGGGGGAACAGAGAACAAGACAACCUGAAUUUGCAAAAGUAUUUCUUAUUGACAGAGAUGUGGACUUUGUUACUCCACUCUGCUCUCAAGUUGUUUAUGAGGGAUUGGUAGAUGAUAUUUUCAGAAUAAAAUGUGGCAGUGUGGAGUUUGGACCUGAUGUCACUUCCACUGACAAGAGCAUCAAAGUGAUGCUUAACUCUCAAGAUAAAGUGUUCGAUGAAAUAAGGAACGAGCAUUUCUCCAAUGUGUUUGGCUUUUUAAGUCAGAAGGCCAAAAAUCUUCAAACAGCAUAUGAUAAACGGCGUGGGAUGGACAUCCAAGACAAACAUUUUCUCAGAAUCGAUAUUGGUGCAAGUGAAUCUAUGAUGAAGAAGAAAGCCAAGCAAGAUUUCCAGGAAUUGUUGAAGACUGAACAUUCAUUACUUGAAGGCUUUGAGAUCCGUGAAUGUAUCACCUACAUUGAAGAACAUAUCAACAGACAGGUGUCAAUGAUUGACAGUCUUAGACUCCUUUGCCUGUUGUCCAUCACAGAAAAUGGUCUUUUGUCCAAAGACUAUAAAUCUCUUAAAGCUCAGUACCUUCAGAGUUAUGGUAUAGAGCACCUGCUGACGUUUGCAAACCUGAGGCAGCUGGGUUUGCUGGAAGAACAGCAAGCUGGAGAAACACUGACAGUCAUGGAGAGUAAAGUGGGGAAACUUGUCACUGACAAGACUGUAGGGAAACUGACGGAUGCCUUUUCCUCAUUGGCUAAGAAGAGCAAUUUUCGAGCUCUGAGUAAAAGACUAGCUCUGGUACCAAAGUCUGGUGAGGAAUAUGAUCUUCGCGUUCCGCGAGACAUGGCGUAUGUUUUCAGUGGUGCUUAUAUUCCUCUGAGCUGCAAACUGAUCGAACAGGUGAUGGAGAGAGAUGGUUGGACAGGUCUGGAGGAGGUUGCACGCAUGCUGAAUAGACAGGAAUUUGCUGUAACAGGCGGCUGUAGUAGUUCAGAAGCCAGGAACAAAACUGAUGCUCAAAGGAUUGUUCUAGUGAUGUUUCUUGGUGGCUGCACCUACUCUGAGAUCUCUGCACUCCGGUUCCUUGGCAAGGAAAGGGGUUGCAGAUUCAUAGUGGUCACUACAGCCAUCACAAACAGUGCACGGCUUCUGGAAGCAUUACUGGAUAACAGUGCUUGAGUCUGAGAAAACAUUCCACAAGAGGACACUUUAUGAUCAUUUCCAGGAGAGGGCAAAAUGGACAGAAUAUGCCCUAAUCAUCCCGGACAUCUAUUUCAUCCCAAAACAAAUGCACUAUUAGAGGGAAUGACAAAAAGAUGUGAUUAUUCUUAAAGGGAUAGUUUACCCAAAAAGGAAAAUUCUGCCAUUUUUUA